CGCCACCACAUAGGUCGAUAGGGGGGCCCGAGGGUACAUCGUUUGAGGUGGCUGGCAUGCGUCCCGAUCGUGGUGCGAAUGGCUGGAGCAGGAGAAGUGGCUUGAUCCGCGCCCUAAGCUGCGGAGCCGUGGCGCUGACUUGCGGAUGGGCCGGGUACAGCUACCAUGCCAUGAUUCAACGCAGCAGCAAGACCAACGGCAACGGGAAGACCCUGGUCUUGAGAGCUCAAGAACCCACGGCGGACAAAUCGGGAGCACCAGCAGCACCAGUGUCGUCAGGGGAAGGGGCCACUACUUCGCGGGCACCGUGGGACCCGCAAGGAUGUCAAACGAUACUGUUUUUCCACAUCCCGAAAACGGGGGGCGAGUCGAUCAACCAGCUCCGUCCGGGGAUACAGUGGUGGAAGAGCGCCUACGACUGGAGCAGCUUUAGAAUAACCGGGCUUGAGCUGACGGAGCAAAAGAACCACUUGAAGAGCAUGAAACCGUGGCUGAAAGAGAGCCCAAGCCAACGCCACAAGCUCAUUGAGUUCCACUGUGGCGACGCUCUCAGUUUCAUGCAGGCCCGAGAAGCUCUGGAGACCAUGAGGCACGAGCACGCGAAGAACGACUGCGGCUUCUUCGCCUUCACGAUGGUCAGGCCGCCGCUCGAGUGGCUUGUCUCGCUGUACGACGACCUGUGCCACCGGAGGCUGAGGGGCCACAAGGACACGUGUCCGCAGCAGGAUAGCAUGACCCCCAAGCAAGAGAUGCUCGCGUAUCCCCACAGGGACGGACUGGUCAGCUACUUGGCACACGGGUUCAAAGGCUGGGCGUCGCCCGGACCAGUGGAUGAGGGUACCGUAGAGGAGAUGUUGGAAUCCUUCGGAAGGCAUCUUGAUCUCGUAGCCUUGACCAGCGAGGUGCCACAGAUUCGGAGGUACCUGACGAAACGGUUCGUGGCACCCCACGGCGUCCUCACCCCUCAAGUGGAAGAUGCUCUUGACCGGGGGGAGAACGUAUUUAUUAGAGGUGGGAACACUGCGGGUGCAGAAACAUGA